GUUAUUGGCCGCUGCAGGGCAACACCCCGGCGUCCCUGGAAGCUGGGAGCUCGGGUGGUGCUGGGGAAGCUGCGCGGAGCCGGGAGCUAGCGCCCAGGGCCUCCCGGGGUGGGGGACAGAUUCUGGGAUUGGCAGGAGAUGGAUGAGGACAGUUGGGUGAUCCUUCCCCACAACUCCGUGGCUCACAGUGAGGGUCAGGCCUGGUGGCAAGCACAUCUCAUCAGGUUUCAUCUCAUCUAUCGGCAUAUGGGAUCUUAGUUCCCGGACCAGGGAUCGAACCCGUGCCCCCUGUAUUGGAAGUGUGGAGUCUUAACCACUGGACCGCCAGGGAAGUCCCGAUGAUGAGGUCUUUCUGCUCACUUCCUCUGCUGUGAGGGCUGUGACAUGCUUGCUGCCCCAGGUGGAACUGUGACAGUGUCUGAAGAGGUGGCUACAGGAGAGGUCAGGACCUGCUCCUCCAGGCUCCCUUUGGUCACACCGGUGUGGCCGCCACCGCCCCGGUUAGGGAGGCAUUCUGAAGGGCUGUCCGUGGCAGCCACUUUACAGGGUGACUUGUCCCUGUGUCAUCGGGCUUCAGCGUGGGAGCUGCUGUAGGGGAGGGGUGCUGUGACCUGGGGUCCUGAGGUCGUUGCAGGAGUAGGGAUGCGAAGGAAGGAGCAAUUCUAGAACCGCGCCAGCUUGUCAGUUGAAGAAGGUGGCACCGCCCCGUCCCUGGAGCUAGGAAUCUUGGAUUCAGGUUGGAUUCCUUUCCAGUCUUCCGCCCCCCGCCUCCCCCGCCCCCCCGCCCCCAUCCUGGACCUAUUAAACCUAACAUCACAGCAUCCCUUGUGUCUGUCCCUUCUUCUCCAUUCCCACUGCUUCUGCCCUAGUUUAAGCCCUCAUCAUCUUUCCCCGGGACUGCAGCCUCCUCAGUGGUUUUCCUGAUGCCAGUCUCUCAUUUCUCCAAUCUAGCCAGGCCACUCCUGCCAAAGUUCUCAUCCUAAAAAAAGGCCACUCUGUGUCACUUUCUUCCACCAAAGCCCGCAGUGGCUCCUCUCUGCUGCAGGCCCUUCAGCGUCAUCCGCCGAGAUCACCAUGACCAGACCCAGGCCUGGCUCCACCCCGGCGCCUGCCAUGCACGCUGGCAUCGGCUCCCCAGAACACCUUGCCUGACAUGCUGUUCCCUCUGCCUGGGAUUCCUCUCUCCGCUGUCAGAACUCUUGUCAGCCUUCGGUACCCAGCUCCUUGACAAAGCCUUCCUUCAUCCCCGCAGUGGGCGUAUGUCACUUCUGUGUUAGUACUCCCAGAGCAGGAUGUGUUUUUUCCCUUCCGCCUUCUACUGCUGUUGAAGCUGUGUACGCUGCCUUGCUAGACUGUAAGCUCCCUGAGGGCAUUGUUCAAGGCGUUUGAGCCCAAACCAGUCAUGGCCGGAAGACCCAUCCGCAUAGGAGACCAGCUGGUUCUGGAGGAAGAUUAUGAUGAGACCUACAUCCCCAGUGAGCAAGAAAUUCUUGAAUUUGCCAGAGAGAUUGGUAUUGAUCCCAUAGAAGAACCAGAGCUGAUGUGGCUGGCACGGGAGGGCAUUGUGGCCCCACUGCCUGUGGAGUGGAAACCAUGCCAGGACAUCACAGGUGAUAUUUACUAUUUCAACUUUGCCAAUGGGCAGUCCAUGUGGGACCAUCCCUGUGAUGAACACUAUCGGAACUUGGUGAUCCAAGAGCGGGGGAAACUGUCAACUCCUGGGGCCAAUAAGAAGAAAGAAAAGAAAAAGAAAAAGGAAAAGAAAGACAAGAAGGACAAAGAGACCUCCAAAAGUCCCCUGGAAACACAGCCUGAGCAGGGACUUCUGCCUUCUUCCUCCUUUCUCCGUGGCCCAUCCCCUCUCUCAGCACCUGGGCUGGCUGAUCUGGACCUAGACCAAGAGAUGCAGGCUAGAAGUGAGGGCUCCUUUAAGAAAGGGAAGAGCCCACGUAUGCUGGGUGACACCCCUAGGCCUCUCACGGGCUCCCUGCCCAGCAAGCUACAGCCACUCUUCAAGGGCCAAGCUUCCCGAACCCACCAGAUCUUUGCCGACGUGGAGAAAAUCUUAGGCAGGUCCCCAGCCCACUGCAGGGCAGAAUUAGGUGAUCAGCAGGGUCUGGAGAAAGCCCAGCAGGCGACAGAGAAAAUCUACCUGGGGUUUUCAGACCCUGAAAUAGAAGAGCUGGAAAUGAGGACCAGACAGCAGAAACCUGGCUCUCUGGGCCCUGACCACACCGGGCCCUUCCGGAACGGGCAGGAUGCGUUAGAGAGCAGGAGCCAGGCCUUGGUCCACUCGAAGUUUUCGGAAGCCCUCAAGGGCCUGCAGCUGAAAGGGGAGCAGCACAGCCAUAACAUGGCCAAACGGAGCUCCACAGGCCCCGGUGGGGACAAGGGCCAGAGCCCCAUUGCCUCGCCGUCCCCUGAGGAGGAUCCCUCCCUGUCCCUUGAUUCUUCUGACCCCAUGCUGCCUGCCAGGAAGAGCAAGCCGUUCUUGUUAGUCAGCAGCCCAGCCGAAGACCAGAGCUGGCAGGGCGUUUCUGGGGAAGGGAGCAGCAUGGGCAGGGCCAGGAAGAGGAGAGAGCCCUCGGGAUUGUGGAUGGGACAGGUCUCCAAGCUUGUCCACAAGGACUCCCCUUGGGGCAGCAAGAAAAUAGAGCCCGAAGACCCUGAGGUUCCAGGGGCCUCAGCCAAAGGUCCACCUCAGGGGCUCUUGCUAAUACCCCCUGACACCCUGGUCUCCGAACCAGCCCCGAGCGCCCCUGCAGUGAGUACCCCUCGAGGGUCUCCUUCCAGUGAGAAGAGACCACGCCCAGGCUCUCCGGAGCCCCCCGAAGAAGACAGGAGGCUGGGCAGGUUGGGGCCUGACUUGGAGAGCAGCAGCAACAGCCUGGCCUCGCACCUGGGCUCUGAGGUCCUGGGGGAGGUGACCAACUUCCCGUGGGACCUGCAGAGCUCCCGGGGAUCUGAGCGGGGUGUGGGUCAGUCAGGCCCCGGACCCGGGGAGCAGCACCCCAGCCCCUUCCUGGCGCCCCAGUUGUCCCACGUGCAGAGCUCUGCUGAGGAGCAGUCAGGGAGUGAAGACUACUCUGAGGACCAGAGGUUCUACCAGCACGUCCUGCAGGUGUUCAAGCUCUCCAGGCGGCUGGAGGGCCCGGGGCCGCCCGAGAGCGCGCGGGAGAGGCCGUGCAGAGACCUUGCCAGCGUGGUCUGCCGCCUGGCAGCCGAGUCUUCCAGGAUGUCUAGUGAGGGCGAGCACGAGGCCAUCAGAGCCAUGGGCUCCAGAUUUCUGUCUUGGGGGCCAGAGAUGCAGGAGCGUCCUCAGAAGGUGGCCGGCGCCCCGGCUGGGCAGGAGGCCUCUCGGCAAGCUCGUUUCCGGCCAAGCAGCAGCCCCCUCAGGCAGGGGCUGGUCCAGCUGAGUUCCAGCAGAGGGCUUGCUACAGAGCCAGGCAAGAUGCAGCUUCUCAACCAGGCCCUGGGCUCCUCGUUAGCCCCCGUCCACAUCCCUCUCGGUGGUCUGGCCCCGUUAAGGGGCCUGGUGGACGCCCCGCCCUCUGCUCUGCGUGGAUCUCAAAGUGUGAGCCUGGGGAGCUCGGCGGAGUCUGGUCAGCAUGGAGAACUCUCACUGCCUUCACAGGGUCUCAAGACUUCUGCUUAUACAAAGGGUCUCCUGGGCUCCAUCCAUGAGGACAAGAAUGCUCUCAGCCUCUUGGCUUUAGGAGAGGAGACCAAUGAGGAGGAUGAGGUGGAGAGUGACAACCAGAGUGUCCGAAGCUCAAGUGAGCUUCUUAAGAACCUGCACCUGGACAUCAGGGCACUGGGGGGUGACUUCGAGUAUGAGGAAUCUCCAAGAACAAGCCAGCCAGAGGAGAAGAAGGACAUUUCUCUGGAUUCCGGUGCUGCCAGCCCCCCUACGCCUGGCAAGCUCUUCAGCCAAGGUGCAGAUAGCAGCCUGAGCAGUGCCGAUGGCCAAGGGCAACAGGGAAGAGGGGCAAGGUGGCUCCCAGAAAAAGAAAAGAACGAUAAGAAUGAUCCCGGGAUGUCCAGGAGUGUGGCGGACCCCGGGGGCGACUCCAUGGGCAAUCAGCCUGCCAAAGCCAACAAAAAAGAGGCACCAGAGGACCCGGUGGAUGCAAGAGAGGAGGGUUCCCGGAAGGAAGAGGCAGCAAAGGAGCCAAAGAAGGAGGCUUCCGUCCCGAAAGAGAGCAGAUCAGAGGCGAGCGAAGGGUCGGAGAUCAGUGAACACAUGAAGGAACUACAGCCCUCAGACUCCACUGCUUCUGACCCCAAGUCCUUUCUUGGCCUGGACUUGGGUUUCCACAGCCGGAUCUCGGAGCACCUGCUGGAUGUGGACAUGCUCUCCUCUGUCCUAGAUGGAGCCCGCUGGGAGGCCCAGAGGUUGGGAAGAGAAGACAAGAAUGCCUGCCAGUCCAGCCAAGAUGAGCCGCAGAGCAAGAAGUCCGGAGGCUCGGAGAGGUUAUCUCCUCCUCUUCUGCGUGGGGAGCGGCUCCAGAGCCCCCUUCACAGCCAGGCCACGGAUGCAGGGCCUCCGCAGCCCCUGGAGGAGCAGCCGGAACGGAAGGGGGCAGAGGAGCCUGGGGAGGGCUCUGCAGGCAGCCCCGCGCCCCCUGGUCCCCUGCAGAGGGAGGAGAUCCCAAGCCCACCUGCCGCCCACGAGAGGGGCGAGGAGCAGUGCUCCCAGGCCGAGGGGCCGGGCCCUGGGCAGGACGAGGCCGAGGAGCCCGAGGAGAAGGUGGCGGUCAGCCCCACCCUGCCAGUCUCUCCAGAGGUAGAGAAGAGGGCAUGCCACGCCAGGUGGGGCCACGUGGGGAAGGACCAGAGUUGGUCAGGAGGCCAAAGAGGCGAGAAGGAAGAGCGUGACCUAGAGCCUUUAUUGGGGUUUUCGUGGGAAGCAAUGGGCGAGGCAGGGCGAUCUACAGAGCCUGCGGCUCCCCCAGAGCAGCUCUCUGAGGCUGCACUGAAGGCCACGGAAGAGGCGGUAGCCCAAGAACUCGAGCAAGAGCAGAGCUGGCUCCUGGAGUCCAAGCGAGAGAAGAUGCAGCGGCUGCAGGAGAAGCUGUGGCAGGAGGAGGAGGCGGAGACCCUGCAGCUUCACCGGCAGAAGGAGAAGGCGCUCAGCCAGAGUGCAUCCCAGAGAACGGAUCUUCCCACAGCAUCCUCCUCUUCCAGCCAACUGAAACUUGGGGCGGGGGCCCACCCAAACAGUUCCCUGAAGGAGCAGCUGCAGAGAGCCACCGAGGAAGAGGAGAGCCUGGUGAGAGAGCAGGAAGGCCAGAGGCUGUCCCGGCUCUGCGCCCAGGGGCAGUGCAGUGUGGAAGUGGAUGAGGACCAGAUCAGGGCCAGGCACGAGGCUUCCCUGCAGAGGCUGCGAGAAGAGCUGGAGUCUCUACAGAAGGCUGAGAGGGCCAGCUUGGAGGAGAGAAGCAGGCAGACGCUGGAGCGUCUCAGGGAAGACAUGGAGGCUUCGGAGAAGAGAGAGCAGGCCGCCCUGAACACGGAGAAGGAGAGGGCCUUGCAGCAGCUGAGGGAGCAGCUGGAAGGGGAGAGGAAAGAUGCGGUGGCAGCGCUGGAGAGGGAGCACAGAGAGGAGCUGGAGCGGCUCUCUUCCUCGCUGGAGGCCAAGCACAGGGAGGUGGUCUCCAGCCUCCAGAAGAAGAUGGAGGAAGCACAACAGAAAGAGGAGGCCCAGCUGCAGGAGAGCCUUGGGCGGGCAGAGCAGAGAGCUCAUCAGAAAGUGUACCAGGCUCUCGAGUAUGAGCAAGAGCUCAGUAGCCUCCUGAGAGAGAAGCGCCAGGAGGUGGAGAGGGAACACGAGAGGAAGAUGGACAAGAUGAAGGCGGAGCAUCAGCAGCUGGUGGCUGAGGCCCGGGAGCAGUAUGCCGCCGAGGAGAGGAAGCAGCGGGCCGAACUCCUGGGGCACCUGACGGGAGAGCUGGAGCGCCUGCGCAGGGCCCACGAGCGGGAGUUGGAGACGGUGAGGCAGGAGCAGGCCCGGCAGCUCGAGGACCAGCAGCGGUGGCUCCGGGAGCAGGAAAGGAAACUCCAAGAUUUAGAGGUGGAGCUUGACACCAGAACCAAGGAUGUCAAGGCCAGAUUGGCUCAGCUGGAUGUCCAGGAGGAGGCCGCUCGGAAGGAGAAGCAGCAGCUCCUCGAUGUGCAGAGGCAGUUUGCGCUGGAGAGCGAGGAAGCCGCAGCCGCCCAUCAGCACCUGGAGGAGGCAAAGAAGGAGCACAGCCACCUGUUGGAGUCAAACCGGCAGCUCCGAAGAAUUCUCGAGGAGCUCCAGGCCCGCAAGUUGGAGCUGGAGUCCCAGGUGGAUUUGCUGCAGACCCAGAGUCAGAGGCUGCAGAAGCAUGUCAGUGACCUGGAGGCCAAAGCUCAGAGGAAGCAGGACUUGUUGAAAGAGCUGGCGGUAGAGGAGAGUAAUGCUUCCCCACGUUUUGAGCCCGAUCUCCACAUUGAGGACCUGAGGAAAUCCCUUGGGACGAACCAGACUAAAGAGGUAUCCUUUUCCCUCUCCCAGAGCAAGGAGGAGACCGACUUGUCCUUGGACAGCGCCCGGCACUACCUCUCUGCCGAGGGGGUAGCUCUCCGCAGCGCCAAGGAGUUCCUGGUCCGGCAGACGCGCUCCAUGCGGAGGCGGCAGACGGCUCUGAAGGCCGCCCAGCAGCACUGGCGCCACGAGCUGGCCAGCGCUCAGGAGGCGGCCAAAGACCCGCCAGGCACCAAGGCCCUGGAGGACAUGUGCAAGGACCUGGAGGAGGAGACCAGGCACCUGGAUGAGAUGAAGUCAGCCAUGCGGAAAGGCCACGACCUGCUGAAGAAAAAAGAGGAGAAGCUGCAUCAGCUGGAGUCUUCUCUCUGGGACGAGGCUUCAGAUGAAGACACUCUGAGAGGACCCCCCACCAAGAAGGUGGUGACCUUUGACCUCAGCGACCUGGAAGACGGGAGCAGUGACAGUUCCGAAUCCUGCCCCCUGCCUCACAUCGGCCCGACCCCGAGGCCCACUUUCCCCAACAAGAUCCACUACCUGAGCAGCUCCCUGCAGCGGAUCAGCAGCCAGCUCACCGGUGUCCUCCACGUGCUGGACAGCCUCGACACCCAGCCUCCGCCGCUUUUCGCCUCCAGGAGCGCCCCCGCUCCCUCCUACCCCUCCCUGGCCCGGGUCUCAGCCUCAUCCCCGGCUCCACCCACGUCCACCCAGUGGGCCUGGGACCCAGAGCUGGGCCCCCGGCUCUCCUCCUCCGUGGCUCAGUCCGUGGACGACUUCCUGGUGGAGAAGUGGCGCAAGUAUUUUCCAACUGGCAUCCCGUUCCUCAGCAGUGGCCCUGCCCCCCUGGAAAACAGGCUGGGGUAUGUGUCUGCCAGUGAGCAGCUCCGCCUCCUGCAGCGUCCCCCCUCCCAAGUCCCCGAGGUGGGCAGCGCCAACUUCCAGGACAUGAUCGAGGCUCACCGCAAGUGGCUGGAACAUUACAAGAAUGACCCCAAGUCACAUCUCUUCUCCUUGAUGCCCAAGCCAACGGCUGGUUCCGGCCUCCUGCAGCUGGGCCUGGAUGAGAACAACAGACUGAAGGUGUAUCGCUACUGAGGCCCUGAGCUGGUGGGGGGGCACAGCCUGGCCUCUCCUGCGUCCAGACCAAGUGCCCGAGUUGCUGCCUGCACUUUACUCCCUCUGAUAAAGUGUUCUCCCGUC